UCUGUAGCGAGAGAGAGAGAGGGAGAGAGAGAGAGCUUAAUUGGCUUCAAUAAUGUCACUUCCAUUUCUUGAAGCGUGUAGAAAGAGAAAGAGAAGGCCCAAGCUUUAUAAUUUCCAUAGUUUUGGUGACCCGGGUUGCCCAAUAAGUCCCAUGGGUCCAUUUCGCGAUAAUAUUCGGAUUUUUCUUCAAGAAUGCGCAGUUCGCCAGGAUUAUACUAUAGAGGGUAUGCCAAUUUGGUCUACUCUGCUUCUCAUUGAGAGUAAUAGCUUUGUUGUCCCUCUCUACACCAUUGAAGAGAAUGUCAAGUAUUCGUCAAAUCCAUUUUGUGAUCACUGCAGAUGUACUGGUUGGGGUGAUAAUUUUGUGUCCAAACGAAGAUAUCAUUUGAUAAUACCUAAUGAUAGUGAGUGGAAUGAGCAAUUAGAAGGAGUUUUUGAUCUCCAAAAUCAUCUCUUACAUGGUUUAAUUCACUGCAAUGGAUUUGGUCAUUUGCUGUGUAUUAACGGCAUUGAAGGAGGUUCCAAAAUCCUUUGUGGUAGAGAAAUUAUGGAUCUGUGGGAUCGUCUAUGUGCAAAUCUUCAAGCUAGAAAAAUCAGUGUUCAGGAUGUUUCAAAGAAGCGAGGCAUGGAACUUCGCCUACUUUAUGGAGUUGCUUAUGGGCAUUCCUGGUUUGGUAGAUGGGGUUAUAAAUUUUGUAGAGGAAGCUUUGGUGUUAAACUGCAAAACUAUAAUCAAGCAAUUGAAAUUCUUUGCUCUUUAGAGCUUGAUAAAAUCAUUGAGGAAUUUAAAGACACCAAAGUACACCAGGAAAUGAAACAAAUAAUCAGUUUCUAUAGAAAUUUCAGUGAAACCCCAUUGAUCACUUUCAAAGAUCUUCUUAGGUUUAUGCUUAUUGUAAAAUCCUGUCCUUGUGCACAGAAGAAAAGAAGCAUAGAUUCUAAUGUCAAGUCUUCAAUGGUUAUAGCCUCUCAAAAGAAGCCUGUAGUGAAGGAAAAAUAUACUAGAUAUAGGAAGUUUAGCUCUCUGGUUGGUACUUUGGAUAGUAGAUGGUCUAAAAAAAGGCUAGAAUAUGCAGCUGAGGUGAUUGUUAGUGCGUUGAAGGAGAAAAGGACUGAUAAGUUCAGUCAACAAGGUAUGACUCGACAAGACGUGAGAGAUGCAGCUAGAAUGCACAUUGGUGAUACUGGCUUACUUGAUUAUGUUCUAAAGUCAAUGAACAAUGUAAUUGUUGGAAAUCAUGUUGUUCACCGUGCAAUGAAUCUUGAGACAAGGAUUUUGGAGUACUCAAUUGAUGAACUUGAUAAUAGGAAAGUUAAGGUCACUGAGCCAGAAGAAGAAGAAGUUGCAGACCCCAUUCCAGUGCCAUCAUUAGUGCCAGGAGCUGAUUUGUAUGGUGAUAUGGGUUAUUUGUAUAUGAAAGUUCUGAUGAAUUAUCCAGAAUCAGAAUUAGUGGAAACAGCAACACAGGCAAUCUUAGACAGCAAGCAUUUUGUGAAGGAAUGGCCAUUUGAAAAUGAAGAGGAUCAGUUACUGAGAUACAUAUGUCAAGUGAUGCCAAAUAUAAUUGAAGCAGGAACUAAAUUCACUAGAGAAUUGCCUCCUGGUGAGAUUAUUAUGCUUCCAUUACAUGCAACAGUAGCAGAACUCAAACGAGCAGCAGAAAAUGCCUUGAAAGAUACUUAUUAUAUCUUGGAGAAUUUUGUGGUUACAGAGAUUGAACUAAUGGAAGAAUUGGAGGAUUGGGAAGUGUUGUUUGGUGUUGUUGAAUCUGGCUCAGAACUUUUUAUGAAAGGAAAUGGAGUGGACUUAAAUACUGAAUUGAGGUAUGAAGCUGGGCCUGAUAAUUGGAAGGUACGAUGUGAAUGUGGGGCUCAAGACGAUGAUGGAGAGCGAAUGGUAGCAUGUGAUAUUUGUGAAGUGUGGGAGCAUACUCGCUGCAAUGGCAUUGAUGACUCGAAGACUGUGCCUCCACUUUUCAUCUGCACAGAAUGCUGCAAUUCUGUUGUCAAACCAACAAAUGAACUUCAAGUGGAAUUUGAGAAUUCUGAUCAUUUGUUGAUGGUUCCACCAAAUGCAUAUGUAGCAGAAUUAGUGAAGUAAAGAUUGGUUUCAGUGGAAAAUGGCAGCUUCUGCCGUUAAGUACAUAAUCAACCACUACAAGUAGCACUAGGAGUUUUUUACAUGUAAAUUCGAAUUGUUUUGACAUACGAAAAUGAUAACUAGAGCAUAAAUCUUUUUGUUAAUGUUCUUGAGAUAGAGAUUUUUGUACACAAUUCUUGUAACAGGAUGAUGUAAAUGAGAUUUGGAAAAGAAUUCUUGUUAGUGCAGAAUGUAAUAAAAGAUUUCGUUUUUUGGACUAUAUGCAUAAUACAUAUUCUGUGUGUUA